CAAACAUCCCCUAAAUAGAAGACCUCUCUGCCCUAACACUGGAACCAUCUAGAUACGCUUACCGCCUUUAAAAUUCCACAAACCCUCCUGUGGAAACCCAUUCCAUCAUCGUUUGAUUCUGGCAGAGCGUGAAGUGCUAAAACUGAGUCAUGGCAGACGAAGCUAAAGCUAAAGGUAACGCAGCUUUCGCUGCUGGCAAUUUCACGGAGGCUAUCAAACACUUCACGGAGGCGAUCAGUUUCGCGCCUACUAACCACGUCCUGUACUCCAAUCGGUCUGCAGCCUACGCUUCUCUCAAUAACUUCUCAGACGCCCUAGUCGACGCUAAGAAGACCGUUGAGCUCAAGCCGGACUGGUCCAAGGGCUACUCUCGGCUCGGUGCUGCUCAUCUUGGCCUUCACCAACGAGAUGAAGCCAUUGCUGCUUACAAGAAGGGUCUAGAAAUCGACCCGAAUAACGAGGCAUUGAAAUCCGGCCUUGCUGAUGCUCAAUCUGCUCCAUCCCGGUCGAGGGCUCCAUCUCCUAGUCCCUUUGGAGAUGCGUUUUCAGGCCCGGAAAUGUGGGCUCGUUUGACUAGCGACCCUAGUACCAGAGCCUACUUGCAGCAGCCAGAUUACGUUAGAAUGAUGCAAGAUAUUCAGAAAAACCCUAGCAAUUUGAACCUCUAUCUGAAGGACCAGAGGGUAAUGCAGUCUCUUGGGGUGUUAUUGGGCAUAAAAUUGCAGACUAGUAUGCCUGGGGAGGAUGAUGCUGAGAUGACAGAAGCAUCUCAGGAGUGGAAGAGACCGGCUGAAGCUGAGCCCCUGAAGGAGAAAUUUCAAGAGCCACAGCCAGAGCAAGUGGAGGUCUCUGGAGAGGAUGGGGAGAUUAAAGAGCGAAAGGCACAAGCUCAGAGGGAGAAAGAGGCUGGGAAUGCGGCAUAUAAGAAGAAGGAUUUUGAAACAGCAAUUCAACACUACAGUAAUGCCAUUGAGCUUGACGAUGAGGACAUUUCUUUUCUUACUAACAGGGCUGCUGUGUAUUUAGAGAUGGGAAAGUAUGAAGACUGCAUUAAAGAUUGUGACAAAGCUGUUGAAAGGGGAAGAGAGCUCAGGUCUGACUUCAAGAUGGUUGCAAGGGCUUUGACAAGGAAGGGUACUGCCAUGACAAAAACAGCGAAAUGCUCAAAGGACUAUGACCCUGCAAUUGAAACAUUCCAGAAAGCUCUUACUGAACAUCGAAACCCAGAGACACUGAAGAAACUUAAUGAUGCUGAGAAAGCAAAAAAGGAACUAGAGCAACAAGAGUAUUUUGAUCCACAAUUAGCUGAUGAAGAGCGUGAGAAAGGUAACCAAUUCUUCAAAGAGCAGAAGUACCCAGAUGCUAUCAAGCACUAUACUGAAUCUCUGAAGAGGAAUCCAAAUGAUCCCAGGACCUACAGUAAUAGGGCUGCAAGCUAUACUAAACUUGGGGCAUUACCUGAGGGACUCAAAGAUGCCGAGAAAUGCAUUGCACUUGACCCCACAUUUGCAAAAGGUUACACUAGGAAAGGUGCUGUCCAGUUCUUCAUGAAAGAAUAUGAAAAGGCUUUGGAAACUUAUCAGGAAGGCUUGAAGCAUGACCCUAAAAAUCCAGAAUUGUUGGACGGCAUUAGGAGAUGCGUUGAGCAAAUAAAUAAGGCAUCUCGUGGGGAUCUAACACCUGAUGAGUUGAAGGAAAGACAGGCCAAAGGUAUGCAGGAUCCAGAAGUCCAGAACAUUCUCUCAGAUCCAGUAAUGAGACAGGUACUUGUGGACUUCCAAGAAAAUCCAGCGGCUGCUCAGGAACACUUGAAGAACCCUCUAGUGAAGAACAAGAUCCAGAAAUUGGUCAGUGCAGGAAUUGUACAAGUCCGGUAAAAUACCCAAAUGUGGAUUUAUUAGUUCCGGUCCAACUGAUUUUGCUACACAGAGAAUGUGAUAUUUCCAUAUUUAAGAUUUCUAUGUCUGCUUUGUAUUAUUUUCACCAUAUUCAGCAUUUCAAGUCAUAACGACUGUUCUCAAAUUGGAUUGAAUGAGGGCACUGCCUUCGAAAAUUGCAGAGGUUAUUUGUCUAUACCACUUUUUAUCGAAUAGUUAGGUACUGAGUUUCCAA